AGUGCGAGCCUAGCUUGUUUAUAAACAACAAGAUGAAGCAUGUUUCACCGGAUUGGCUGCAUACUGAUGAAGGCCGGCGCUUCUUAGAAGUUCUUACAGAUAAACAUUCAGGAAAGAGGAAAGUUUAUUCCUAUUUAGAGAGGCCAUGUUUUCCGGGAAGUCCUUCCGAAUAUGCUUAUAAAUUGUUCCUUGUGGGAAGAAGAUCUGUAGGAAAAUCGUCCACCAUCCGAAAAUUACUUGGAUCGGAGAUUCCUUUAAAACAUACAGAAACUGCUGGCAUCGAAGUUAAUCAUUUAUACUGGCCAGUUAAAUUAUUAGAAGAAAAAUCGCCAAUAAUCUUUAAAUUACAACUAUGGGAGGCUGGCGAAGGAGUAUUGAAGAAAUUUGAUUAUCUACUGGAUUCGUGCACAAAUAAUGUUGAUGGAGUUAUAUUCAUCUUUUCCUUCACCGACAGGGCAAGUUGGCAGGACGUUCCGGGAAUGUUUUCCCGUAUCUUAAAACCUGAAAAUGACUGUACCAAGAUAGUUAUGGGUACAAAAUUGGAUUUACACCAUCGUUCAGCAGUUUCUGUCGACGAUAUUAGAUCGUUCACUGAUCAUUGGAAAAUUAACGUCCUUAAAAUUACUAACAGUUCACCAUCCGAAAACGGAUUAUCUGAAUUAUUGUCAAUUUCUGAUAAACUCAAUAAAACAUCUACAAAAGUUUUAAAAUAUACUGCUAAAUUAACCCUCAGUUCAGAAAUAUCUAGAGAUCCCUUUGUCAAUGAGGAUGACUAUAGAAUUUACUCAAUUCAAGAGCAAUCGUUAUCAGUAAAUUCCCAUUUAUUUGGUGCUUUAUCAACUCCAGUUAAAAUGGCUAUUCAUAGUCUAGUAUUAUUAAUGAGUACAGAAAAUCUUUCAUUUUUCCUGCAAAUACAUGAAUUUUGGUCAAAUUGGAUAAGAAGGAUAAUUCAUAAAUUGAGAAUAUUAAUGCAUAAAGUUAAUUUGGAGAAGGCUUGUCAAAGUAUAACUGGAAUGCUAAAGGAAUUUCUACUGGGCUUAAGCUAUUUAUCAAAAUAUUCUUUUCCGAAAGAAAUAAAUAGUCAACGAACUUUUUUUAAUACUUCAAUGUUAUCGGAUGACUUGUUAAAGAAGGCUAUAUAUUCCUUUCUCAUAUGCAAUUGUAACGCAAUAGUAUUUGGUCAAUAUGCUAGUGAAAUAGAUCAGUUUCUACAUACUUUAAGUAGUAUGAUGAGUGAAAAUAGAAGAAAAACUGCAACAACAUUAAUAAAGAAUACUUUUACACCAGAUAUAUCUCUACAGGGUAUAAUUAUUGAUAAAAAUAAUUUCAAGUCAAAUUCGCUGUUAAUUAAUAUAUAUGCGUCUGAUGAACCAAGAGCAAUCAUAGACCUACAAACGAAGACUGUUAGUACUACAUUUUUAUUUGAAAAGUUUAAGGGAACUCAUCAAGCUGUGGCUAAAGCAGAAGCAAUAGCACUGUGGGAAAACUUCAAUCUGCACGAGACAGUUUUUAUUGAUAAGUUAGAGCUCGCUAAAUGCCGCGAAGAAGAGACUCUUGUUACUCAAUUUUUAACAGAGAUGAGUACUUUAUCUGAGGUCGAAUCAAUUAGGAAGAGACAUAUCGAAAAUUUCAUAGGUGUUUUAGACUUAAAAUCGGUUACUCUGGUUAAAUUAAUUAAGGAUAUGAAAGGCGAAAAGGUCGAUUGGAGAAUGUUAAGAGACAUUUUGGAUCUGAAUAAGCCUGGAGAUUUUUAUAUAGUAUUAGCUAGAUCGGAAUAUAUAUGUCCUGGAAUAUAUAAUACAAUAUUUGGCGAUUCAAGAAAGAAAAUGGAACAUCUACAAGAGACAUUUUCAGCAUUUUGA